CCAAGAUAAUAAUAUAAUUCAUUUUAUAAUAUUUUCAGUGUUAUUAUUUUCAUGAUAAUUGAUAGUAAAUGUCACGCUAUUGAUUUGACUCAAGUGUAAGUGCAUAACCUUUGAAAAUUAAAACAAUUCAAUAAUUACCACCGGUUCUCUAUCAUUAAAAUCGAUUUCGUCCGCCUAGUACCAUUACACAAUUAUUCACUAGUUUAUUUUCCAUUUAUCGCGUACAUUCAGAAAAAUAGUAGAGAUGGGUGAUAAUAAUUCUAUCCCUGCUCCUGCAAAGGUUGAUCGACUUAACAGUUUCCAUCCUGACUGUGAUGAAUUAAAAGAAAAAUAUGAUGAAUGUUUUAAUGUAUGGUUCACUGAACAUUAUAUGAAUGGGCAUUAUAACAACGAAGGGUGUAAUAAAAUAUUCGAGUUGUAUACAGACUGUGUCAAACGUGGUAUGAAAGAAUACGGAUUGCAAUACGAACAAACAACUGCUUCACACUUGGGAACGAACAAAGAAAAAACUCCACUUACGGAUACAGAAAAUCCAAAGUAGAAUAAUGAAUAACGAUAAAAAGAUAGCAAUAAACAAUCUGGCAGAAAAAAAGGACUCGCACGAACUGGAAAACUCAUUAGAUAUAGAAUUGGAAAAGCUGAAAAUGAAAAAAAAAGAAAAAGAUGACAUUAUGAAAGCAUUACAUCAGUACAAUGACAUUAAAGAUGCUACUCAAGAAGUUUUGGGAAGA